AUGAACAUGCCGGAAUCACAGGGCGACACGUGGAGAGCGCACCUAUACUCCCAAGUGCCGUUGAGAACGAGGAACGGCGACAUACGCUUGCUCACCAUCCAACCACGCAACUACCCAAGCGCAGCGGGCGCUGAUGUGACAAGUGGGGCGAUACAGUGCUUCCUCAGAUUGGCCAACCUGAAGACGCAGCAGACCAAAUUCACUGCAGUGUCGCAUUCUUGUAGCACUGACGAGGAUGAGAGUGUUUCAAUCAAUGGUGCGCUAAUACCAGCAUCGUCUGAUGUGGUCAAGAUCCUCGCAUACUUCCAGCAGGAAACCAGACCAGUAACGAUCUGGAUUGACACGGUUUGUAUCAAUCAUGGUGAUGUGGGGGAGAUGUCGGCUCAGAAAAGCCAAUUGGGGGAACUCUUUUCUGCGGCUUCUUCGGUGGUCGUCUGGCUAGGUCCAACAGCAAAUGACAGUGAUGAGGCAAUGUCCGCCUUGGACCGACUCGCAGACGAACACCUCACGCCAGCGGCACAGAAGCUCCUUGUCAAUGCACUUCAGUUGCUUCCAUUCAGAGCGAAGGUACCCGAACCAGCUAAAGACAGUCCUGAUACACCACCACAGACUUCGACAGACAAGCAGAAAGAUUUUGAUAACCAACUACACAAACUUCGGGUAGCAUUUCAGUCACUGAUGUCCCGAAAGUACUGGUCACGGUUGUGGUCACUCCAGGAGCUGGCGUUUACCUCGAAAGGGUCAGUCGUAUGUGGCAAAAGAGCAUUAGACCUUGAUCGCUUCUAUAUGUCGGCGAAGGCCUUGGAUGGUGUUCUGAACAUGGCAACAUACUCCAAAUGGCUCGCAGCCAGCAGUACGGCGACACCGCCAAGUAUACUUGACAACACUGAACCGGCAAAUUUCUCAGCAUCACCUGCCAUACGGCUCCUGGCGGAACGGGGGUUCUUUCGAGCAGGGCACGGAUGGUGGUCAUCCACGGAACACACUCUCUUAUCGAUACUUGGUAGAUACUAUCUGGACACAACCGGUUCCCGCCCGGGCUUCGUGGUUGAGGACAAACGGGACCUUAUAUAUGGCUUCGUGGGGCUAGCAUCGGAUGCCAAUGAGCUCGGACUAUCAAUAGAAUAUGGGAAGAACUACAAGGAAGUCUGUUUGGAUACCAUGAUAGCUCUGUCUCGGAAGAACCCGAGAGUACUCCAACUAUGCUUGGGACAUGAUAGCGCCGGUGCCGACGUGCCUUCUUGGGUUAUUGAUUGGAGUCAGGUCAAGAUGCCUGCAUCGUAUAGAUCGGCCGGUUCUCUCAAUGCUUGUGGACUUGCAGACUCCCGAUACUACAAAUUUGAGUCUAACGGCCCUGGAGUCAUUGCUGUAAAGGGAGUUUUUGUGGAUACCGUUUCGGCCGUCUGUAAAGCACAACUAGGCAGCUCGACGCAUCAGUCAGAUGAGUUGUCCAAAGCACUUGGUGACUUCCUAAGACAGUCGCUUGACGGGGAUAAAUCCCCGUACUCUGAAAAUCAGGCACAAGACGUGCCAGCCAACAUGCUGAUGGGUGCUGCAUUCGUCACGAAGUCCGGCUAUGUUGGAUGCGGCAGCGGUGUGACGGAUGGCGAUUCAAUCGCCAUAUUUUAUGGCUCUGGUGUUCCUGUUGCGCUGCGCAAGCAGCCUGAUGGAACACACCGGCUAGUUGGGGAAGUGUAUGUGAUCGGAAUCAUGCAGGGCCUCAAGGGAUGGGUAGAGGUUGAUGGCACACAAGCUGUCGAGUACGACCACCCUGAGGCAAAUGAGUUCGAAGAGAUCCCGAAGCCCCCAACAGCUAUGGCCAUCAAAUAUGUCUAA